AUGGCUCUCGUGCAGACCGAUCCCGACGCGUACGUCAUCAAGCCAGCGGCUUCUGCGCCUGCCAUCGACACCAGCGACUGGCCGCUCCUGCUCAAAAACUAUAGCGACCUCCUCGUCCGCACAUCGCACUACACCCCCAUUCCCAACGGUUGUGCGCCUUUGUCACGAGACCUCAAGUCGUACAUCAGCUCUGGUGUCAUCAAUCUUGACAAGCCCUCCAACCCGUCCAGCCACGAAGUUGUAUCAUGGAUCAAGCGAAUGCUGAGGGUUGAGAAGACUGGACACAGCGGUACCCUAGAUCCCAAGGUUACUGGUUGUCUCAUCGUCUGCAUCGACCGCGCGACCCGUCUUGUCAAGUCUCAGCAGGGAGCUGGAAAGGAGUAUGUCUGUGUCAUUCGCCUGCAUGACAAGCUUCCCGGAGGCGAGGCUCAAUUUGCGCGUGCUCUCGAGACACUGACCGGAGCGCUUUUCCAACGUCCACCGCUAAUUUCGGCCGUCAAGCGCCAGCUGCGUAUCCGUACCAUCCACGAGAGCAAGCUAUACGAGUUCGACAACGAGAGGCAACUGGGGGUGUUCUGGGUGAGCUGCGAAGCUGGAACCUAUAUCCGUACGCUCUGCGUACACCUCGGUCUUCUGCUCGGUGUAGGUGCCCACAUGCAGGAACUUCGUCGUGUCAGGAGUGGAGCCAUGGACGAGACCAAGGAUCUGGUUACACUACACGAUGUUCUUGACGCACAAUGGCUGCAUGACAACAACCGCGAUGAAUCUUACUUGCGCAAAGUCAUUGCCCCUCUCGAGAGUCUGUUGAUGAGCUACAAGCGCAUUGUUGUUAAGGACAGUUCAGUCAACGCAAUCUGUUACGGUGCAAAGCUGAUGCUUCCCGGUCUUUUGCGGUUCGAAAAGGGCAUUGAGAUCCAUGAGGAGGUAGUCCUGAUGACCACCAAGGGUGAGGCUAUUGCACUGGCCUACGCGCAGAUGUCAGCUGUUGAAAUGUCUUCGUGUGACCAUGGUGUCGUCGCAAAGAUCAAGCGUGUCAUCAUGGAGCGUGACCUUUACCCCAGGAGGUGGGGCAUGGGCCCUGUUGCGACUGAAAAGAAGAAGAUGAAGGAGGCCGGUACACUCGACAAAUUUGGGCGUCCUAAUGAGAAGACACCUGCCAAGUGGAACACCGAGUACAAGGACUUCAAUAGGACCGACGUCGACGGGGUUUCUGCACCCGUCGCUGAGACCACGUCUGCAGCCGAUGUUCUUGCUGCUCCUGCAGUCGCACCGACAGGAGAAGAUGCGGAAUGUAUGGAGGUUGACAGCAAGAGCAAGAGCAAGAAGCGCAAGAGUCGUGGCGAGGAUGAGGAGGAUGCUGAGGAGAAGGCUGAGCGUAAAAAGAAGAAGAAGGAGGAGAAAGCCGCGAAGAAGGCAGCGAAAAAGGACAAGAAGAAGGCCAAGGACAGUGACUCGGACUCGGACUGA